CCUUCCUCAGCCUCCCAAGUGCUGGGAUUACAGGCCCCACGUGUGCACCAAACAACAGCUGAACAUGGUGGGCCGCCGCCAGCCCUGUGUGCGAGCCUUCAGCCGUGUGGUACCUGUGUGGACACCGGGCUGCGGGCAGCAGGUGUGGUGCCUGGGCCACGAGCGCAGAACCAUCUACUACACGAGCUACCGGCAGGUGUACACCACGGAGGCCCACACUACACUCAGCUGCUGCCCAGGGUGGAGCCAGCUGCCGGGCCAGGAGGGCUGCCUGUCCGAUGUGGACGAGUGCCGGGCACACAACGGCGGCUGCCAGCACCGAUGCGUGAACACUCCUGGCUCCUACUUCUGCGCAUGCAAGCCCGGCUUCCGGCUGCACUCCGACGGCAGGACUUGCCUGGCUGUCAACUCCUGCACCCUGGGCAAUGGCGGCUGCCAGCACCAGUGUGUGCAGCUCACCACCACACGGCACCGCUGCCAGUGCCAGCCCGGGUUCCAGCUCCAUGAGGAUGGUCGGCGCUGUGUCCGGAGAAGCUCGUGUGCGGAAGGGAAUGGCGGCUGCAAACACACGUGCCAGGAGCUCCAGGGCCUGGUCCAGUGUGGAUGCCAUGCAGGCUUCCGGUUGGCUGAAGACCACAAAGCCUGCGAAGAUGUGGAUGAGUGUGCCACAGGCCUGGCGCAGUGUGCCCACGGCUGCCUCAACACACAGGGGUCCUUCAAGUGUGUGUGCCGAGCAGGCUAUGAGCUGGGUGCAGAUGUCCGUCAGUGCUACCGUAUCGAGAUGGAGAUUGUGAACAGCUGUGAGGUGGGCAAUGGAGGCUGCUCCCAUGGCUGCAGGCACAGCAGUGUGGGACCCCUGUGCACCUGCCCCCGUGGCUACCAGCUGGACCAGGACCAGAAGACCUGCGUUGACGUGGAUGACUGUGCCGACGCCCCAUGCUGCCAGCAGGUGUGUGCCAAUACCCCUGGGGGGUAUGAGUGUGGCUGCUAUGCUGGCUACCGGCUCAGCACCGAUGGCUGCGGCUGUGAGGAUGUGGAUGAGUGCACCUCCAGCCGAGGCGGCUGCGAGCACCGCUGCACCAACCUGGCCGGCUCCUUCCAGUGCUCCUGCGAGCCCGGCUUUCGACUGGAAGAGGACCGCAGGGGCUGCACCCCUCUGGAGGAGCCUGCACUGGAGCUGGAUGGGCAGCUGCCCUUUGAGCGGCCCCUGCCCCACAUUGCAGUGCUGCGGGAUGAUCUGACACAGCUCUUCCAGGAGGACUCUGGGGCCGAGGAGGAGGAAGAGGAGGCAGAGUUGCGGGGAGAAUUCAGGCUCACAGAGAAGUUUGUCUGCCUGGAUGACUCCUUCGGCCACGACUGCAGCUUGACCUGUGACGACUGCAGGAAUGGCGGGAACUGCCUCCCAGGACUAGAGGGCUGUGACUGCCCGGAAGGCUGGACUGGGCUCAUCUGCAAUGAGACUUGUCCUCCAGACACCUUUGGGAAGAACUGCAGCUCCCCCUGCAGCUGCCAAAAUGGCGGGACCUGUGACCCGGUGAUCGGGACCUGCCACUGCCCUCCGGGUGUCAGUGGUGCCCACUGUGAGGAUGGUUGCCCCAAGGGCUUCUACGGCAAACACUGUCACAAGAAAUGCCACUGUGCCAACCGGGGCCGCUGCCACCGCCUAUACGGGGCCUGCCUCUGUGACCCAGGGCUCUACGGACGCUUCUGCCAUCUCGCCUGCCCACCCUGGGCCUUCGGGCCGGGCUGUGCCGAGGAGUGCCGCUGCAAGCAGCCCCACACCCAGUCCUGUGACCGGAGGGACGGCAGCUGCUUCUGCAAGCCUGGCUUUCGGGGCGAGCGGUGCCAGGCAGAGUGCGAGCCAGGCUUCUUCGGGCCCAGGUGCCAGCAUGUGUGCAGCUGUCCGCUGGGUGUGGCCUGUGACCCUGUGAGUGGGGAGUGUCGGGACCAGUGUCCCCCUGGCUACCAGGGCCCGGACUGUGGUCAAGAGUGCCCAGCGGGAACAUUUGGCAUGAACUGCUCAGGGUCCUGCUCCUGUGGGGGGGCACCCUGCCACCCAGCCUUGGGGCAGUGCCUGUGCCCGCCAGGGAAGACAGGGGAGGACUGUGGGGCAGACUGUCCCGAGGGCCACUGGGGGCUGGGCUGCCAGGAGAUCUGCCCUAUGUGUGACCAUGGUGGCCGCUGUGACCCCAAGACCGGAGCCUGCCUGUGUCUCCCCGGCUUCAUUGGCAGCCGCUGCCAGGAUGCUUGUCCAGCAGGCUGGUUUGGGCCUGGCUGCCAGAUGAGGUGCUCCUGUGCCAAUGAUGGGCACUGCCACCCGGCCACUGGACGCUGCAGCUGUGCCCCUGGGUGGACCGGCCUCAGCUGCCAGAGAGCCUGUGACGGUGGGCACUGGGGCCCCGACUGCAGCCACCCCUGCAACUGCAGCGUGGGCCAUGGGAGCUGUGACGCUACCAGUGGGCUGUGCCUGUGUGAGGCUGGCUACGUGGGACCUUGGUGUGAGCAGCGCCCUGGUCAGGCCCAGGCCCUUGCUGACAGCGGGCCGGGGCCAUGGGUCUCAGAGUGUCCCCAGGGCUACUUCGGGCCCAGCUGUGGGCGGCGGUGCCAGUGUGAGCAUGGGGCAGCCUGUGACCACGUCAGCGGGGCCUGCACCUGCCCACCCGGCUGGAGGGGCAGCUUCUGUGAGCUUGCCUGCCCAGCUGGCUUCUUCGGUGUGGACUGCAACGGUGCCUGUAACUGCUCUGCUGGGGCCCCCUGCGAUGCUGUGACUGGCUCCUGCAUCUGCCCUGCUGGCCGCUGGGGCCGCCACUGUACCCAGGCCUGCCCAACCCUCACCUACGGCCUCAACUGUAGCCAGGUCUGCGCCUGCUCCAACGGGGCCUCCUGUGACCCUGUCCAUGGGCAGUGCCACUGUGCACCUGGAUGGAUGGGGCCUGCCUGUCUUCAGGCCUGCCCCACUGGCCUGUACGGCCAGAACUGUCAACACUCCUGUCUCUGCCGGAACGGAGGGCGCUGUGACCCCACCACAGGCCACUGUGUGUGCCCAGAGGGCUGGACUGGGCUGGCCUGUGAAAAUGAGUGCCUCCCAGGACGCUAUGGGGCUGGCUGCCGGCUCAGCUGUGGCUGCCUCCAUGGGGGCCUCUGCGACCCACACACUGGCCGCUGCCUGUGCCCAGCUGGCUGGACAGGGGACCAGUGCCAGAGCUCCUGUCCCAAGGGUACAUUUGGGGCUCACUGCAAGGAGCGCUGUGCCUGCCGGCGGGGAGCCACAUGCCACCAUGUCACGGGGGCCUGCCUCUGUCCUCCCGGAUGGAGGGGCUCACGGUGCGAGGAAGCCUGCCAGCGUGGUUGGUUUGGAGAUGCCUGUGCCCGGCGCUGCCUCUGCCCGCCAGGGGCCUCCUGUCACCACGUCACUGGGGAGUGCCACUGUCCGCCGGGCCUCACUGGGCUGGGCUGUGAGCAGGCCUGCCCUCCUGGCACCUUUGGAGAGGGCUGUGGGCAGCUGUGCCAGUGUCCUGGCCAGAACUGGGUCUGCCACCCAGCCACGGGGACCUGCACCUGUGCUGCCGGCUACCAGGGCUCUGCUUGCCUGCAACGAUGCCCGCUGGGGCGCUAUGGGCCAGGCUGUGAGCAGCUGUGCCGGUGCCUCAAUGGGGGCUCCUGUGAUGUGGCUACAGGGGCCUGCCACUGCCCCACCGGCUUCCUUGGGCCUGACUGCAGCCUCUCCUGUCCACAGGGCCGCUAUGGCCCCAACUGUGCCCGCGUGUGCAGAUGUGGACAGGGGGCAGCCUGUGACCCUGUGACCGGCACUUGUGCCUGCCCUCCCGGGAGAACUGGCGUCCACUGUGAGUACGGCUGUGCCCCAGGCCGGUUCGGCAUGGGCUGCAAGCACCAGUGCACCUGCAGGAACGGAGGCCUGUGCCACGCUGCCACUGGCAGCUGCUCCUGUGGCCUGGGCUGGACAGGGCCACACUGUGAGCUGGCCUGUCCCCCAGGGCGCUAUGGUGCCGCCUGCCACCUAGAGUGCCCAUGUCACAACAAUGGCACCUGCGAGCCCACCACGGGCGCUUGCCGCUGCGGCCCAGGGUUCUACGGCCCGGCCUGCGAGCACCCCUGUCCUCCUGGCUUCCACGGCAUGGGCUGCGAGCAGGCCUGUGAGUGCCAAGGGGGAGCCCCCUGUGACCCCAUCGGUGGCCAGUGCCUCUGUCCUGCGGGCCUCCGUGGACAGCUCUGUGAGAAUGGGUGUGAGCCGGGAUCCUUUGGAGAAGGCUGCCGCCAGCGCUGUGACUGCGGUGAAGGGUUGCCCUGUGACCCCACCAGUGGCCUCUGCCUCUGCCCACCGGGGCACAUGGGAGCCAUGUGUGACCUGACCUGCAGAGGGAGCCACUUUGGGCCGGGCUGUGCCCUGCGCUGUGACUGUGGAGGUGGAGCUGACUGCAACCCCAUCAGUGGGCAGUGCCACUGUGUGGACGGCUACAUGGGGCCCACGUGCCAGGAGGGUGGGCCCCCUCGGGUCCCCGCGAGCUUAUCCCCAGCCCAGGGCACAGGAUCACAGCCAGCCUCCAACAGCCCAGUACCCUGGCUCAGCAGGAGGGAAACCAAGCACUAACUCAGGAGCCCCAGCAUGGAUGCUGGACCACCAGGUGCCACCGAGGGAGCCAGGCCUGUGGUGACAGCUGAGGACACAUGUGACCGGGACCCCAGGCCCAGCCCUCCCUGGAGCGAAGUGGACAGCCAUGGGCCCCUGUGGACAGCUGUGUGGCCUCUUGGGCUGCCAGGACCCUGUUGCUGGGAGGAACCUUGGGAGUGGACUGGCCCAGGCAGUGGUGCCCCUUGGGCUGUGCUGAGGAAGCCCGCUCUACCUGGCACUGGAUUGGGACCGGAAGGGGUGGGGCAGGGUGGGGUGGGCUGGCCCUCCUGGUGCUAGGUCUGGACUGCUGCAGCUGGCUGCCUGUCUGGCUGGAGGUGAGCCUGGCCGUAUUUAUGUAAAUGUAUUUAUGGGCAGUGCCGCUGCAGCCCAGGUCAGCUGGAGGCAGUCCCUCCUGAGGAAGCCCAGGCCAGGUCAACCAGGCUCAGGAGUCUUGGCAGGUGGUGCAGGGUCUGUGUGGUGCCGUGGGUUAAAGGAGCAGGCAGCUUCCUCGUGGCUGUGUCUGUGCUGUUUUUGUGGACUCUAUGGGCUCCUCCCCGGCCGGUGGGCAUGGGGGCUUUUGGACAGGAAUCUGCCCUCACCAGGGGGGCAAGACAGGAGCCAUGGCAGUGCCAGGAUAUCUCCUGGUCUCCAGGCACCUACAGGGGAUUGCUGAAUGCAGAACACAGCUGGCUGGUGCUGGGGCCCAUGGCCGUGAAGCACAGCUGGGAGGGAGGGGCCAGGCUGUGAGCAGGGCAGAGGGCAAGCUCCCCACCCAGCCCCAGCUCCAGCCAGCCUUGCAGGGGUUACGGGAGGCCAUGGAGCUAUUGGGGUGUAUCAUGGGCGCAUCUCUGGAUCGUGGGUCUGCUGGUGGAGAGUGGGGAC